AUGGCUCUAGCAGCCUCAGGCUUCGCUAGGCCAACACAUAUACAAUCACAGUACAAUACCUCCAGAUGUCACAAGUCCUUAUACAGGGAAGGAAGCACAGGAAUCUUUGCUUGCCUGAUGGAGAGACUCCCCAGGAGCGACCCCCAUGAAGUUGUUGAAAGUUACAAUGCCACUACAAUCUUGUGUAUCUGUGAUGACUUCACACAAUACUUUAAGGCCCCCAUUACACCACAUCAUGUGUGGCCAGAGGGAGCAGACUCUGCACUACAGCUUCGGUUCGAACACACGGACUGGAGUGUGUUUGCCACUCAGGCCACACUGGACUCCCACACGGACAUUGAUUCCUAUGCCUCUUCCGUUCUGGACUUCAUCAACACUAACAUAGACAGUGUCACCACUCUUAAACGAAUCACUACCUUUCCCAACCAGAAGCCAUGGAUGAACAAAGAGAGGGGCAUCAAGCAGGCCAAGCACUGCCACAAGCUAAGGAUUGAGGAGCACUUCAAGAACAACUCCGACCCCCGAUGCAUGUGGCAAGGCAUCCAGGCCAUAACAGACUACAAACCCACCAACACCACCCCCCAAAACAGUGAUGCCUCCUUCCCUGACGAGCUUAACAGCUUUCAUGCACGCUUCGACAGGGACAACCAGGAGGCUGCCAUCAAGGCUGUGCUUACUUCAGACAACCAGCCCCUAACACUCUCCUCCACCGACACAAGAGCUUCAGAGAUGAAUCGGUCUUCCAUCACUGGCACUUUGAUCCUCACAGUGUACAAGGACAUGAAUUCAGACAAAAAUGGGUUUUUUAUUGUAAUUUUUCUUAUUUACAUUGCAUCUAUAUUAACCAAUAUAACCCUCAUGCUUUUAAUUUACUUGGACACAUCCUUGCAUAAGCCAAUGUAUAUAUUUCUCUUUAGCUUAAUCGUAAAUGGUUUAAUUGGAAGUACAGCUGUUUGGCCAAAGGUAAUGGUCAUCCUUUUAACAGGUAUGAAUACAACCUCAUAUGCUGGGUGUCUCAUUCAGAUUUUUCUCACCUCAACCUACGGGAUUUGUAAUUUCACAGUGCUGACAGUGAUGGCUUAUGACAGAUUUGUGUCCAUAUUUAAUCCUUUGAAGUAUCACACCAUCAUGACCCCACAGAAAGUAAGACAGCUGUCGUUGGCUGCUGACCUUGUGCCUGUAGUUUGUGUACUUGGUCAGGUUUUCUUUACUUCUCAGUUGCCCCUGUGCAAAAACACUCUUCAUAGGAUAUUUUGUGAUAAUUUAUCUCUUUCUAGCCUGUCCUGUGGUGAAAGUAUUCAGAGUCGAGUGACCAACCUGUAUGGAAUAUGUCUCAUUAUUGCUCUUGUAAUCCUCCCCCUGUUUCUUGUUUUGUUGUCAUAUGUUAAAAUUAUAGUGUUCAUUUUAAAGGCCUCUGGAAAUACUGGGAAAAAAGCUUUUGAAACCUGCUCUCCACACAUGAUUGUUUUUAUCAAUUUCUCAAUUGCCACACUGUUCUCUGUCAUUUAUAAUCGCCUCAACCCUUAUUUACCUGGCGAGGCUAAUGUUCUGCUAUCGAUUAACUACAUCCUUGUUCCCCCACUGUUGCAUCCAGUUAUUUAUGGAAUAAAAAAUAAGGAAAUUAGAGACAGCAUCUCAAAAAUUUGGGAAAGAAAAAUCCGGACCAUUUGA